UUUACAUUACUUUGGAAUUCACAGGAUUUCCCUUCCAUUUGACCACAAAUCAGUUAAUAUCCAUAAAUACGGCAUUUACACAAGACUGAGGAGUAGGAGAGAAUUCCUGUCAGUGCUGUGGAAUAAUCAGGGAAAUGACAUAAAUGCACUUUGGAUGAAUCUUAAGUCUGGCUACCAAGAAAAAACUAGUGGUCUAUGUGCUGGUGCAAGUAAUCAAGAAAGUAAACAUUCUAAUGAAGACUGUGAAGACAGUGAUGUUAUACCAACAUGUGAAGGUGACUUGCUUGUUUGCCAGAUGACCAUAUCAAAUUACUUGACUUCUUGCAGUGGACCGUUAACAUCUGAAUAUAUUAGCAUUUGCCAAAUGGAGUUUUGUAAUGGCCUGCAAGAUAAGAAACAUGUGUGUCCUGUUUUUGAAGAAAUUGCUCGUAACUGUUACACAGUCACAGAAAGAACCUACAACUGGAGAAAGGACUGCUAUACACCCACCUGCCCUGGAAACCAGGAGUUUAAAGAUAAUGGCCCAGCCUUCAUGCAAACAUGCUCAAAUCCAACUUAUUCCGAUGAGAAACUAAUAAGCACUUGCGUUUGUCCUGAAGGUAAAAUUCUUGAUGACCGCCUCGGACAAAAUAAAUGUGUGGAAAAAGAAGAAUGCACCUGCAAAUUCGAUGGACAGAUUUAUAAACCAAACAGCACACGGUCAGGAUUGUGUGCAUCAUGCACUUGUGAAGGUGGAGAAUGGGAUUGUCAAAAAAAGGAUUGCCUGUCAAGAUGCACAGUUGAAGGGGGGUCUUUCAUCCAUACAUUUGAUGGCAAAGAGUACACAUUGCAUGGAAACUGCAAGUACUAUGCUGCUAUGGGGGAUGACUGGAAAUUAAUAAUUCAGCUGAGUAAGUGUGCUAGCAGAAUGACUUGCCUGACAAGGGUGGAACUUGAAAUCACUGGUAACCAAACAACCACCUACUCUUUCACUGAACAAAACAUCUACAUUGAUGAGAAAGACACUAAUGAAAGGUAUAAUUCAGAAAAUGUGCAAUUUUUCCCGCAGUCGUCAUUGUACAUUCAGGUUCAAACAAAGUUUGGUAUGAAGAUGCAAAUUCAGAGAAGUCCUUUUAUGCAGCUGUAUGUGACAUUGCCUGCCAUUGCAAAGGGGGUUACAAAAGGGUUGUGUGGUAACUACAAUGACAAAAGUGAUGAUGAAUUCAUGGCAAGCAGUGGAAUUGUGGAGGAUUCCAAAUCCUUUGCCAAAUCCUGGAGAAGACAGACACAAGAGUGUGCCGAGAUCUCUCCCAUCUGCAUAAAUACAGACAAUGAAAAAUAUGGAAAAGAGAAAUGUGCCUUCCUGAAGGACUCUGUAUUUGCUAAAUGCCAUUCUCUUGUCGAUUAUACACCUUUUCUCGAGAAAUGUAUAAGUAGUGCAAAAUGCUGUGCCAAUCCUGCAGAAUGCAUGUGUGUAGCACUGGGUAAUUAUGCAAAAGCCUGUGCUGCUAAAGGCUUGAUUGUGGAAAACUGGAGAAAGGACGAUUGUGAUGAGAAAUGUUCUAACAAUCAGCAGUUUUCAUACAACAUGAAGGCCUGCAAUAGUACAUGCCAGUCUCUAUCAGGCUCUGACUUUGCCUGUGAAGUGGAAGAUGUCCCAGUUGAUGGGUGUGGCUGCUUAGAGAAACAUUUGAACAGCAAAGGGGUGUGUGUUCCAGAAACUCAGUGCCCGUGCUAUUAUGGUCAAACUCCAGUUAGUCUGGGGCAAAAUGAAAUUGAUGGACAUUCCUGUGUUUGCCAAAAUGGAAACCUUGACUGCAAACCACUGAAAAACUGCACAGAGGGAAAGAAUUAUAUCAAAUGUUCUACAUAUUCAGGCCCAACGUCUGGAAAAACAUGUGAAAGUCUAAAUUUACCAGCCAGUGAUAACUGUGAAAGUGGCUGCUAUUGUCAAGAUGGAUAUUAUGAAGAUCAUAAAGGCAAAUGUGUUCGUCUGGAAGAAUGCACAUGCUCGUUUGGAGUCAAAACCUACUCUGCAGGGGAAACUGUCACAAGUGGAUGCAAUAAUUGCACUUGCACCAGGGGAAAGUGGAGUUGUACAGAAGAAGAAUGCAAAGGAAAAUGCCAAGUUUAUGGAGAUGGACACUUUCAAACCUUUGAUUUAAAGUGGUACAGCUACGAUGGGAAUUGUGAAUAUACUCUUGUAGAGGACUACUGCGGGUCGAAUGGUACUUUCCGAAUAGCAGCAGAAAGUGUUCCUUGCUGUGAUGAAGCACUUACAUGCUCAAGGGCUAUUAAAAUUAACUACCAGGGUGAAGAAAUAGAAUUACGAGAUAUGAAAAUUUUAGAAAAGAGAUCAAACAAAUGUGAGGCCGGGACAGCGACAAGUUACUCUGUUCAUACAGUGGGCCUCUACCUAAUUAUCACUCUGACAAAUGGCAUUACAUUGUUGUGGGAUAAGCACACACGAGUAACAGUUAUACUGGACCCCAAAUGGAAAAAUAAAGGUCUCUGUGGUCUCUGUGGAAACUUUGAUGGGGACUCUAAAAAUGACAUGAUAACCAGAGGAAAAUCAGAAGUUACAAAAGUGGUGGAAUUUGGCAACAGUUGGAAAGUCAAUCCCAAUUGUGCCAAUACAGUAAACCAAACAUCCCCCUGCGAGAAACACUGGUACUGUAGUGCAUGGGCAGAGAGAAGGUGCAAGAUCAUUACUGAUGAAAUCUUUCAAGAAUGUCAUAAGAAGGUGGACCCCCAGCCAUAUUAUGAUGUUUGUGUAAAAGAGUCAUGUGUCUGUGAAAUGGAGGGACAAUACCUUGGAUUUUGCACAGCUGUUGCUGCAUAUGCGGAGGCCUGCAGUGAAGCUGAUGUUUGUAUAAAGUGGCGGAGUCCAGAUUUGUGCCCUGUAUAUUGUGACUAUUACAAUGAUCCAGGAAAAUGCAGUUGGCAUUACAAACCUUGCGGAACGAUUGCCACAAAGACCUGUGGUAAUAACGGGGCUUUCAAGAAGUUCUCUGCAAAGCUUGAAGGCUGCUAUGCAAAGUGUCCAGACAAUAAACCUUAUCUUGAUGAGAACACAAUGCAGUGUUCUGCUUUAGAAGACUGCACCUGUCUUUAUAAUCAAAUAAUGCAACCAGGCGAAACCAUACAAAAUGACUGCAACCAAACUUGUAAAUGCAUAAACGGUGUGCCGAUAUGCACAGAAUUAUCAACAACCACACCCAUAACAACCACACCCAUAAUAACCACAACUAUAGAAACACCAACAACCACACCCACAACAACCACAGCUACAGAAACACCAACAACCACACCC